AUUUGAGUUUCUCUAAUUAUAAAUGAGGUUGAGCAGUUAUGUGCGUAUCCCGUCGUGUUUCCCUUCAGCGAUCUUCCAGAUCCUAUCGGCAUAAGAGCCGUAGUUAACAUUUCCUGUGUGCUGUGAACCCUCCAAGUGAUAUUUCAUGUAAUCUGCAGAUCAAGCAGGUAAAAUUAUGAUGCCCAUUUACAGGUGACAAAACGAGGCUUAGAGAAGACUGUUUGCUCGUCUCAACUGCUAGUGAGUAGAGUCUGGAUUCUGAGCAAGGACUUGACCCUGAGCCAGAUUUCUGACUUGAUUGACGCAGUCUCUUCACGUUUAGCUUAAAUAAUCGCCCCCUGAUUGUUUUUCUGUUGGAUGAUUUGCCUUUUCCUUAAUAUUUUGCAAGAGCCCCUUGUAUUUCGGUUUGUAGGGGCUCAGGGCGGGGGAGGUAGUUAUCUGGGCUGAGGGACAAGUGGCUUCAGAGAUAUCUUGCCUUCCCUCCAAGUAAGGUUGGGCAGGAGUCAAGGCUGAACAGUCAGUUGUGGCAGGAAAUCAAGACAGAGCAGAGGUCUGCAAGGGUGAGGGACUUUGACCCCCUCAGAGAAAAAGCUAGAGUGACUCACAGGCGGAAGAGAAAACCAAAGCUCCCAGGCUGUCCCCUGUGAGCGCCGACAGUCCAAAGUCAUCAGAAGGAGGACGAAAACCAGAGCCUGGUCAGGAGCUGCCAGAGACCCAUGCAAAUGAGGCCCGCCCCCCACUGCCUGGAAACCAGGCCGAGAGAAGUUAGAGCACAGAGCACAUGCUGCAGGGUCCACACUGGGGACAGGAGGAGGAGGAGGCGGAGGGGACUCUGAGAAAGCAGGACAUUCCUACUAGGCCUCGCGGUGUCCGAUCUGAGGAUGGCCGAGCAGCAGGGCCGGGAGCCCGAGUGCCCUGUCUGCUGGAACCCCUUCAACAACACGUUCCACACCCCCAAAGUGCUGGACUGUUGUCACUCCUUCUGCGUGGAAUGCCUGGCCCACCUCAGCCUGGUGACUCCAGCCCGGCGCCGGUUGCUCUGCCCCCUCUGUCGCCAGCCCACGGUGCUGGCCUCUGGGCAGCCUGUCACGGACUUGCCCACGGAUACUGCCGUGCUCACCCUGCUUCGCCUGGAGCCCCACCAUGUCAUCCUGGAAGGCCACCAGCUCUGUCUCAAGGACCAGCCUAAGAGCCGCUACUUCCUGCGCCAGCCCCGGGUUUACACGCUGGACCUAGGCCCUGAGCCCGGGGGCCAAACUGGGCCCCCCCAGGACGCAGGCCCUUCCCCCAGGUCUCUGCCCAUUCCCGUCCCCAGCCACUACUCUCUGAGGGAGUGUUUCCGCAACCCUCAGUUCCGGAUCUUUGCUUACCUGAUGGCUGUCAUCCUCAGCGUCACCCUGUUGCUCAUCUUCUCCGUCUUUUGGACUAAGCAGUUCCUUUGGGGUGUGGGAUGAGCGUUGCUUCUGGACAAGGAACCAAGUCUUUCCUGACUGCUGUUGGGGAUGGGGACCGCAGAGCCUCAUUUGGGGUUGUCUUCCUUUGUAGUAUUGUUCCUUUUUGCAACCCGGAGAUCAGUAAGGCCAGGUGUUUGCUUCUGGGAACAGUCCUAUAAUGGGAAUAUUUGAAACCGAAAAGGCUGGGAAAAGGUGUGAAGAGACCCCUGGGUGUGAGCCAUGGGCCAAGAAGGGCAGAGAAGCAGACCCGGCACAAAGAGCUACGUGGCAAGUUGUGCUCAAGGGCUGGACGAUGGUAUCCGGGAGCUCGACCGGCCCAGAAAGGUGCAUUUCUCACUGGAGUUGCUCCCAACUCGGUUCACAUUUGUUUGAGUUAUAUCUUGCUACAAUUUUGGAAAGUGAGCCUCAAUUCUGUGAGCAAAGGCAUGUGCCUUCUUUCAGUUUUCUCUUUAGAAGUCUUGCCACCUGCAGUCACGAACUCAUGCACUGACUCAUUCAACAACCACUUGGUCGAUGUGUCAGAACUAGGGGAAGGGAAGGAUAGGAUAUCCAUGGGUCGCAGAGAGCCUCUACCAGCAAGGACGGCAUGUUUCCUCAGCUGCUUGUACAGGACAACCUCUUGUCGGUGUGUGGCUUCUGGAGUGUUGAGAGUAAAGGUGAUCAAAAGAAAUCUGCGAUUUGGAGAAAAGGUUUUUAUUCCUCCGGGUAGGUGCAGAGGCCCUAAUUAAGCCUGGAUGCUGGACAGAGCUGACUCCCCUGCUCCAGGCAGUUGACCUCAAGAGGUAGGGCAGAAGCCCUGGAGAGAGGGCUCCAUCCCAGGCCAUGCAGACAGAGAUGCUAGUUUUCAUUUCAUGGGACUUAAUCCCAGUACCAAGGCAAACUAGAUGCGUAGGUGGUUUAACUCUAAAUUGCCACCUAGGCAGUAUCUAAAACUCUUUCUUCUUCCCCAGUUUUAAUAUUGUCCAGUGGCCCACAGUUCUGGAACAAUCUCAAAGUGGUUAAAACACCAUUACAAUUAUGAAAAGACAACAUUUGAGGGGUAUUUUGAUUUGUGGAAUAAACUUUCAGAGUCA